AUGUUUGGGAAGGUGGUGAAUGCUGCCAGAAGGCGGGUUUCAUUUAACAGCAGGAAGAAGGAGAAGGGGAAAGGGAUCCAGAGCACAGAUGGGGUGCUGGAGGUCAACUCAUUUGACGACAAAUUGUCGAAUAAAUCGAAGACGAGGUCGGGCGAUGCGCCGACGAUACCUGUCUUCCACCGCAGGGGAUUCUCGCUCCCCUCAGAUGCCUUUUAUUUUGACCAAAGGCCCGUUUGCAUCAUACCACCAAAGGGCGUGUCCUCAGAGCUGAUACGAGGACUGCAGAGCGGGCACAGGUCGGAACAGAGGCAUGCGAUACGUUUGCUGCGAGACACACAGGUGGAUGUCAAGAUGGCGUUUGUGGAGGCCGGGGGAGUGCCGGCGCUAAUGGAGCACCUCAAGGUGACGAGGCCGCUGAAGGAGAUGCUGCAAUGCCUGGUGGCUUUUCUGCACACAGGGGAGGCCACUGUGCACGACUUGUUCAUGGAGCACGGCAUAGUGUCCGUGGUAGCUAGGCAACUCACGAUGGGCACGAGAUCGUGCAGGAAGUGGGCGGCCCGUGCGCUCCCCUACCUUGUGGUCGGCUCCCCCGAGGCACAGGAAGAGGUUCUCCAGGCUGGAGGAGUGGAGGCCCUGGCGGCUAUGCUGCACAGCGCCAAGGAGAAGCGCAGGGAAGCAGCUGCAGCCGCGCUCGCUGCCUUGGCCAAAGACAACCCAGCUGUGCAGCGGCAGGUCGCAUCGCAGGGGAGACUGGCAGACCUGAGUGCAAUGCUGCCAAAAGGAAGGGUAGCAACACGGUGCAUGGUGGCAGCCACGCUUGCUAACGUGACUGCCACGGAUGCUGCAUUCCAAGCCCUCGUGGCAGAAUAUGGUGGGGAGCACUUGCUGAGGGCAUUGAAGGAGGAAGACGAGGCACUGAGAGGGGAAGCCCUGCGGGCGCUGGCAUGCAUAACUGCAGUUCCAGAGGGCCAGAAGAUCAUUCUGGAGAAGAAUGGUGUUCCGGACCUCGUUGAGUUGGUCCAACUUGGGCAGACAGAGCGUGAGGGUUGGGUGCUUGAGGCCAUCCUGAAUCUGACCAGCAAGGAGGACCCCACUCCCGACGCUGUCAGGGAGGACCUCAUUAAACGUCUCCUGAAAGUGCUGCUGGUGGGGACGGCCAGCUGCCGAGAGAAGAGUUUAAGGGUCUUGGCACAGCUCUCCCAGCUGAAAAGCUCCGGCGAGUGGCGCAUUGGCGAGGGGCAGCUGAUCCCUGUGCUUGUGUCCUUGUUGGUGAGGUCGAGUGGGCCCAUCCAGGAAGGGGCUGCCUGUGUGCUGGCAAACAUAUCAGACGUGUGUGAGAACAGGCGGAAAAUAUUCGAGGCGGGGGCCAUCAAGCCACUGGUGUCGAUCCUGGGGUGCACGAACAAGUCGGCACGGCGGUGGGCGGGAUACACACUCUCGAAGCUGGCAGGUGCGGAGGAUGUAGUGUUGGCCAUACUGCACGAGGGGGCUGUGGAUUCACUGGUCCGGGUUCUCAGUGAAGGGGGCACUGACGACGAGCGAUGGGCCAUCGACACUCUGAGUACCAUAGCUGAGGCACCCUACCUGUGGGUGAGGGGCCUGAUAUGCAGCACCGGCAGCAUCGAGGUGCUGCUCAACUUUGUUGCAUCGGGUUCCACCGAGAUGCAGCUCGCGUCUCUGCGCUGCCUUGCAAACAUGGUUGAUGGCCACUGGGAGAGUCAGCAGAUGGUGCUGGGCAUCGGCGUCAAUCCCCUGAUCCGACUGCUGCUGAAUGGUGACCCAGCUCUGCAGCGGGCGACGAUUCAUGUGUUGGCUCGGCUGUCGCACCUGGAGGCAUGCAAAUGCGACGUUUCAGUAGAGUGGCAGAGCAUUCGCACCCUGGGCAGGCUACUGCAGGCAGAUGAGCUGAUUGUGAGGGAGGAUGCUGCUACGGUGCUUGCAGACUUGGCCACCAUUCGGGGACCAGCGAUGAUCAUGCAGUCGUGCAACAUUCUCGUGCUGUUGAUCGAGAUGCUGCAGUGUCCAGGGCAGGAGGCCAUCCGGCAGGCUGCCAGGGCAAUCGGCAACCUGGCAAGGCAGUCUCCACAGGUCAAGUCUCAAGUUGGGGCCGACACGGAGGCGCUCUCCUGCCUGGCAGAUGCCCUGGACGGCUCUGACUUUAGCACGCGGGCCCAGGCAGCCCACGCCCUGGCCUCGGUGAUGAUCAAGGAGCCCGCCUUCCAGUGCCGCGUUGCACAGCUGGGGGUGGUUCGCCCAUUGGUGGACAUGCUGCACGUCCCCAACACCGCCUGCAACAGCCAGGCAGCCCGGGCGCUGGCCAACCUCGUAGAGGAACACCACACCAACCAGGUGGCGGUGUCCAUGGGGGGUGCGAUGGAGCAGUUGCUGCACCUGCUGGCGGACAGCAGCAUGGAGGUGAAGCGCAAUGCGGCCCAUGCCGUGGCCAAUCUCACCCACCACAGCACGGCCAACCAGUUGGCGGUCGUCAGGGGCCUGGGGGUGCCCAGCCUGGUGGGCCUCCUCAACGGGGACGACCACGAGGCGAGGAGCCACGCGGUACGCACCUUCGCUAACCUGGCGUCUAGCACCGAGGGGGAGGUGGUCGAAUCCCGGCGGGCCGCCAUCAUGCCGCUGAUUUCGAUCAUCAGCUCAUCGGACGACAAGAGCAGGGAGCAGGCUGCACGGGCGCUUGCCAAUCUUGCCUGCAGCGAGGCAGAGCAGGAGCUGAUCGCAAGGGUGCAUGGGAUACCCCCACUGGUCCGACUCGUCCAAGCAGGCACCCAUGUAGCGCAGGAGCAGGCGGCACGUGCCUUGGCCAACCUGUCCUGCAAGGAUGCCAACCUGCCGGCCAUCAUCAGGCACGAUGGGAUCCCUGCACUGGUGUCCUUGCUGAGAUCGACAAAUGGGGCAUGCAGGAAGCAGGCUGCUGGCGCGCUGGCCAACCUUGCUUGCAACAAUGCUGAGAACUGCACUGCGAUGGUCGUGGCUGGGGGCGUGCCUGACCUCGUGGGGCUCCUUUCUAGCGAGUCGGAAGCAUGCCGGGAGCAAGCAGUGAGGGCUGUGGGCAACCUGGCAUGCACGCGUGACAACCAACAGGCCCUCGUCACCGGGGGUGCGGCUGGGAAGCUCAUCGAGCUGCUGAACUGCAGAGAUGAAAGGGAGAGCUGCAAGCAGCGGGCAGUGCGUGCUCUGGCCAACCUUGCUGCGGACAAUGAGGCGAAUCAGUUGAUCAUCGUCCGCGAGGGCGCAGUGCCAGCGCUCCUGCAGAUGCUGUCAAAGGGGGAGUGCACCUUCCAGAAGGAAACGAAGAGAGCGUUGAUGCUGCUGGCCUGCGGAACGGAUAUGAAGAUGCACUCCUCCGUGGAGGACGUCCAGUCCGCAAGGGCAGAGGUGGUGGCUUCCGUGCUGGGCGUUCGCCUGGGGUCCGACACCGGCGCCUUUGCCAAGAUGCACUUCAUGGCAGAGGCGGGGGACAACGAGGGCGUGCCUCGCCAGCUGCUGUGCCCCAUCACCCACGAGCUCAUGGUGGACCCUGUGGUGGCGGAGGACGGCCACACAUACGAGAGGUCGGCGAUUGUGGAGUGGUUCAGGAACAGGAACUCGUCGCCCAUGACAAACGAGCAGCUGAGCACCACGCGUGUGGUCCCCAACGUGCUCCUUCACGCGAUCAUCUCGGACUUCAACGAAUCGAAGCGACAGCAGAACAGAAUGUGA